ACAAAGGUGUCCUUCCAUCCUUUCUUUCUCAACUUCCUCUUUCUCCCCUCUGAAAAUUCCCAUUUUGCUUCUUCUGACUAGGGUUUUGGUAUCUCUCUUUCGAUAUUCUCCCGUUCAUCGGAUAUAUAUGGUCGGAAUGAGACUCCUUCCUGAAGAUUCCGACGUCGCGCCGGCGCGAACAUUGGCAGCAACUGACUUGAUCUCCGACGACGAUCGAUCAGUAGCGGCGGACUCGUGGUCGAUAAAGAGCGAAUACGGAAGUACACUUGAUGAUGAACAACGUCAUGCUGAUGCUACUGAAGCUCUCGCCGCUGUCAAUAACCGUGCAGCCUCCGAUUACAGUUCUGACAAGGAGGAGCAAGAUGCUGAAGGAGUGUCUUCAAUGCUUGGUUUCCAGAGCUAUUGGGAUUCUGCGUAUGCUGAUGAAUUGGCAAAUUAUCGCGAGCAUGGUCAUGCUGGUGAAGUUUGGUUUGGUGCUGAUGUUAUGGAAAUUGUUGCUUCAUGGACCCGAGGUUUGUGCACUGGCAUUUGUCAAAAUCACUUGUCAAAUCAUGUAGGUGAUGGCGAGCAAGUUGGGGUACAUGAGAAGGACUUGGCUGAUUGGAGUGUGCUUGAUAUUGGGACCGGCAACGGUCUGCUUCUUCAAGAGUUCGCUAAACAGGGGUUUUCAGAUCUCACCGGAACUGACUAUAGUGAAGGAGCAAUAGACCUUGCGAGAAGGCUUGCGGAUCGUGAUAGUUUCACCAAUAUCAAGUUCUUGGUUGAUGACAUUCUUGAAACAAAAUUGGAUACAACGUUUCGGCUUGUUUUGGACAAGGGGACCUUAGAUGCCAUUGGACUGCAUCCUGAUGGUCCUAUCAAAAGGAUUAUGUACUGGGAUGCUGUCUCAAGGAUUGUUGCUCCUGGUGGAUUAUUGGUCAUUACAUCAUGUAAUAGUACGAAAGAUGAACUGGUAGAAGAAGUGGAGACUCUCAAUCAAAGAAAAAAUGCUGUUGGAAACCAAGAGGCCUCUUCAGAUCCCCCUCCAUUCCGUUACCUUGACCAUGUUCGUACAUACCCUACGUUCACAUUUGGAGGAUCAGUAGGCUCACGUGUAGCCACCGUAGCAUUCAUGAGGAACUGAAUCAAUUAUCCCCUGCAUUAUUUUCGGUUUAUUGACACUCUUGUUGCUCCUAUAACUGUGCGUGUAUGUAUGAACGACUUUGCAUCCGUGGAAACGCUUGUGGAAACUCAGUUUAUGGAUUUAUGCAAUGUGGGAGAACUUGAUGUAGUUUCUGUA